UUCUUUACUCUUCCUUAUACGUCUAUAUCUAUAUCUUAAUCAAAAGUGAAUCCUUUGAAAAUAAUAACCAUCAAGAGCUCUAUAUCUGGGCUUGGGCGGAAACCUGAAUAUAUAUCAAGGCUUAAAUAACUUGUUUUCACCAUGAAUACGCUUGUCACUCAUACUUUCGCACUAACAAAGUUCAUUUUCAUCAAUGAAUUAGAGAAAAGCGAAUCUUUUGACCUUCAAAAAUAUGCUCAGAAAGAGUUUUACAUGCAAAUAUAUAUGGCACUCGUACAGAAAAAGGUUCCUGCAAAAACGUCUAAAUCAAUAAAAUUCAGAGGCUUAAUUGAGAGUUAUAUGGAAGAAUAUUGCCAGUUAAGCGGUUAUGUACCUGUAGAACUCAAAUGCUCACAUUAGAUUGCAGCACAUGAAUGCACCAAGAUCG